CUUUGUAAACAUGGCGAGCUUGGCAGAUGUCGGCUGGAAACUCCUGGAAUUCAAAGCCCGAUCAAAAAGAUCAGAUUUGUGAUUUAUCUGAGAGACGAUUGGCCUUAAUUUCACCUUUUUGAGCAUGGCUGGUGCACUGGCAGCGAAUGCCCGGCCUCAUCGGAAAGUUCACAGACUUGGCUCCAUCUAUGAACCUCUUAAACUUUCCAAUCUCCAGCGUGAGGGUGAGCCUCUGUGGGAGAAGUUGGACCGCUACUACAAUGCCGUGAAGACAACUAUUCUGAACUACCAGAGUCCCACCACUGGCCUUUUCCCAGUGAAGACAUGCUCCACCUGCAAAGAGGCCAAGGUGCGGGACUCCCUGUACUGUGCUGCAGGUGCCUGGGCCCUGGCUAUGGCCUACCGGCGCAUCGAUGAUGACAUGGGCCGGACUCAUGAACUGGAGCAUUCCGCGAUCAAGUGCAUGAGGGGAAUCCUCUACUGCUACAUGAGACAGGCUGAUAAAGUGGAGCAGUUUAAGCAGGAUCCCAGCCCCUCCAAGUGUCUGCACUCGGUGUUCAACGUAGACACGGGUGACGAGGUUUACUCCUACAGCGACCAUCACCACCUGCAGAUCGAUGCUGUUUCCCUGUUUCUGCUGUACCUGGUGGAGAUGAUCUGCUCUGGCCUGCAGAUCAUUUACAACACUGAUGAGGUUUCUUUCAUCCAAAACCUGGUGUUCUGUGUAGAGAGAGCCUACAGGGUACCUGACUACGGCAUGUGGGAGCGAGGCAGCAAACACAACAAUGGCAGCACUGAGCUACAUUCCAGCUCUGUGGGCCUGGCUAAAGCUGCUCUGGAAGCCAUCAACGGAUUCAACCUGUUUGGAAAUCAGGGUUGCUCGUGGUCUGUGAUAUUUGUGGAUCUGGACGCCCACAACAGGAACAGACAGACUCUCUGCUCCCUAUUGCCCCGAGAGUCUCGCUCGCAUAACACAGAUGCAGCUUUGCUUCCGACCAUCAGCUAUCCUGCCUUCGCUGUGGAUGACGACGCUCUGUACAGUCAGACUCUGGAUAAGAUUGUCCGCAAACUGCGGGGCAAAUAUGGCUUCAAGCGAUUCCUUCGUGAUGGUUACCGCACUCCUAAUGAAGACAAGAAUCGCCGCUAUUACAAACCUGCUGAAAUGAAGCUUUUUGAUGGGAUCGAGUGCGAGUUUCCCAUAUUUUUCAUCUACAUGAUGAUUGACGGAGUCUUCAGAGGAAAUAAAGCUCAGGUGAAAGAAUACCAGGAGCUGCUCGAACCCAUCAUCUUCCAGUCUUAUGAGGGCCAUGCUGUGAUCCCUAAAUACUACUAUGUACCAGCUGACUUUGUGGAGGCAGAGCAGAGCAACCACGGGAGCCAGAAGCGUUUCCCUAGCAACUCUGGGCGUGAUGGGAAGAUCUUCCUGUGGGGUCAGGCCCUGUACAACAUCGCCAAGCUGUUGGUGGAUGAGCUGAUUAGCCCCAAAGAUAUUGAUCCUAUUCACCGUUACGUGCCGCGCCAAGACCAGCGCAAUGUCAGCAUGCGAUAUUCCAAUCAGGGUCCUAUAGAGAAUGAUGUAGUGAUUCACGUGGCCCUGAUAGCUGAAAGCCAGAGGCUUCAAGUGUUUCUGAACACAUAUGGCAUUCAGACUCAGACACCCCAACAGGUGGAGCCCAUACAGAUUUGGCCUCAGAAGGAACUGGUCAAGGCGUACCGCUUCCUCGCCAUCAAUAAAAAGCUGGGGUUGAGUGGGCGUCCAGAUAGGCCAGUAGGCUGCAUUGGGACCUGCAAGAUUUAUCGUAUCCUGGGCAAGACGGUGGUGUGCUACCCAAUAGUAUUUGAUCUAAGUGACUUUUACUUGUCCCAAGAUGUCAUGCUGCUGAUUGAUGACAUUAAGAACGCCCUGCAGUUCAUCAAACAGUGCUGGAAGAUGCAGGGACGUCCACUUUUCCUGGUCCUCAUCCGGGAAGAUAACAUCAAGGGGAGCCGCUUCAACCCUGUCCUGGACAUGUUGGCAUCUUUCAAGAAAGGAAACAUUGGCGGGGUCAAGGUUCAUGUUGACAGACUUCAGACUCUAAUAUCUGGAGCUGUGGUGGAGCAGCUUGACUUCCUACGUGUCAAUGAGGCAGAGAUCCCAGAGUUUAAGAGCUUUGAGGAGCUGGAGCUGCCGAAACACUCCAAGGUGAAAAGACAGAUGAGUACACCCAACGCCUCAGAAAUGGAGCAGCAGCCCGAGAUCAACGUGGACGAAUGGUUGAACAAACCCACUCAUGAAAUCAUGCAGAAGUUCCACGACUGUGAUUGCUUGGCCAGUCAGGCUCAGCUCGCAGGCAUCCUUCUUCGAAGAGAGGGACCAAACUUCUUGACUAAAGACGUGAACCUGAUGGAUGAGCUGGAGAGAAUCUACAGGAGAGCUGGCAGCAGAAAGCUUUGGUCUGUUGUCCGUCUUGCUGCCAGUCUCUUAACUAAACUAGUGGACAGCCUUGCCCCCAGUAUUACUAGUGUUUUAGUGCAUGGCAAGCAGGUGACCCUCGGCUUUUUCGGCCAGGAGGAGGAGGUGAUCUCCAACCCGCUGUCGCCGGGGGUAAUCCAAGGCAUCAUUUACAGCAAGUGCUCCCUUCAAGGCGGAGAGCGGGAGGCCGUUCUUCAGCAGGAGCUGGUCAUUCAUAUUGGAUGGAUCAUUUCCAACAACCCGGAGUUGUUCAGCGGCAUGCUCAAGAUCAGGGUCGGGUGGAUUGUCCAGGCUAUGAAACAUGAGCUGAAGAUCAGGGCUGGAGACAUGCCUCCACAGGACAUCUAUCAGCUUUCCCCCAGUGACAUCAAGCAGCUGCUGUUGGACGUCCUGCAGCCCCAACACACCGGCAGGUCUUGGCUGAACAGGCGUCAGAUCGAUGGCUCUCUGAACAGAACCCCUCUGGGCUUUUAUGAUCGUGUGUGGCAGAUUUUAGAGAGGACCCCCAACGGGAUCACAGUGGCUGGGGCCUACCUCCCACAGCAACCUACACUCUCUGACAUGACCAUGUAUGAGAUGAACUUCUCUCUGCUGGUGGAGGACACUCUGAGGAACAUCAUCCUGCCUGAGUACAGACAGAUCAUAGUGGAGUUGCUGAUGGUCGUGUCCAUCGUCCUGGAGAGAAACCCAGAGCUGGAGUUCAGUGACAAAGUGGAUCUGGACUGGCUGGUGAAGGAAGCCUUUAGUGAUUUCCAAAGGGAUCGCAGUCACUUUCAAGGCAUAGAGAAACAGGACAACAUGGAGGCAUUUUACAACACUCCACCGGUGGGACAGAGAGGCACCUCCAGCUACCUGACCAAGGCUGUAAUGAUCCAGUUACUGCAAGGCGAUGUCAAGCCCAGCAAGGACGAUCCGUGCACUGUUAGCUAGAUUUACAACACUUUGACCCUUAAUUCCCAACCUGCAGCCGUGUAGUCAUCAAAUACUCCCGCAAGGAUACAUAUAUUUACAAGAUAACCUCCAACCCAUCCAGCAGGACUCUGUACUGUGGCAAAUUCUGUUUCGUUUUAUUUUGCCUCCAACACUUCAUUGCAUCAGAUAAAACUAGAGGCCACAUGUUCCAGGUGUCAAAAAAUAGCUCCGAGGUCUGAUCAACAUGAAAACAGUAAAAACUAAAUACUCAAUUUAAAUAUAAGCAUCAUUUUUCUCAGACAAAUUGAGAUCGUAAGUGUUUUACUGUGGGUAGAUAUUCAUAUUAAACAGAAUCUAUUAUCUUACAUUUCCCAGACAAGUUUUUUCCUAACUGCCACUAAAAUAACAAUUUUAUUUAUAGUACUUUAAUUUACAGAUUGAAGCAUAUAUGACACUUUAUUUUUGCCAAUAAAGAAAACCUGGAAAUAUUCUGUAUUCUGGCUGUCAGGUACAAUGUUAAAUGAACCGUACAAGCUGUACUUAAUACCUCACCAGCAAUCGCCUAUGUAUUUGGCUCUUAGGGGCUGUAAACAUACAUAUUAUACUGUAUAACAUCAUGGAGAGCAGUCAUUUUUAACACAUUUUUAGAUUUAUACAUAUAUGUCUAACAUUAAGGUGUUUGGAAAUCACUGAUAAUAAUGGAUUAUUUGGAUUGUAUAGUCAUUAAACCAUGUUGUAUCCUGCGUUUAAAAAAAAAUGUAGAUGUAGUUGUCAGUGUUUGAUGUUUCCUGCACAGUGUUGUGUUCCUCGUACCUCUAUAUGCAUGCAGCUGACAGCAUGACAAUAGGUUGUUUGCCGUAAGCGUCUUUGACAGUUUCUCUGAAUGCUAAAGGCCACAAGAUAGAGGUUUUGAGAGGCCUGUUUUGUGCAAUCUGACUCUGCAUGACAAUGACUACUGCUCAUCUGAAGUCCCAGGACUGAAAAUACUGUUUUGUUGAAUGUGGGCAACAUUCAACAGCGCUGUCAUCCUGAGGUAGAAAUGAUGAAAGACCCACUCUGACUUAUUUUAAAGCGUGCCUCUAUGAAUAUCAUCACUGUGAUGUAUCUGCCCAACCUUAGGUAUGUGUGUGUUGUUUAUCCUCGUUGUUCUAAAGAAGUAUUUUUAUCGCAAAACUUCACAGAAUAAAAUUAUUGUGGAAAGUGUAA